AUGGCUCUCCUGAAUAACAGAACAAACAUUACAGAGUUCAUCUUGCUGGGACUUUCCAGUUCUCCAGAAGUUCAAAUAUUCUUUUUCGCAAUCUUUUUUCCUGUCUAUGUAGCCAUCGUAGUGGGAAACCUCCUCAUUGUGAUAUCUGUGAUAUUUGACAGCCACCUUCACUCCCCCAUGUAUUUCUUACUGGCAAAUUUAUCGUUUUUUGAUUUCUGUCUUGCCUCUGUGGCAACUCCAAAAGUAAUUGCAGACUUCUUAAGAAAACACAAGACUGUCUCCGUGUGGGGCUGCAUGGGCCAGAUGUUCUUCAUGCACUUCUUUGGGGGUGGAGAGAUGUCUCUUCUCAUAGCCAUGGCAAUCGACAGGUACGUUGCUAUAUGCAAACCCUUGCACUACAAGACCAUCAUGCGUCCCAGAAUGCUCAUCAUAUUUCUAAUUCUCUCAUGGACAGUUGGGUUCAUACAUACCACAAGUCAGAUGAUUUUCACAGUGGGUUUACCUUUCUGUGGUCCCAAUGUCGUGGACAGCAUUUUCUGCGACCUUCCCCUGGUCAUCAAGCUUGCCUGCACUGAGACCUAUAACCUAGAGCUCUUGGUGAUUGCAAACAGUGGGCUGCUGUCCCUGAUCUGCUUCCUUCUCUUGCUCAUGUCCUAUGUUGUCAUGCUGGUCACCAUCUGGAAGCGCUCCUCCAGUGCAUCCUCCAAGGCUCUGUCCACGCUCUCUGCCCACAUUACUGUGGUCAAUCUCUUCUUUGGCCCAGCCACUUUCAUCUACGCUUUCCCAUUCAGUAGCUAUACUGUUGAUAAGUUUCUUUCUGUAUUUUACUCCAUAAUCACCCCCCUUCUUAAUCCAAUUAUUUAUACUCUGAGGAACCAGGAAAUGAAGGCAGCCAUUAAGAGACUGUGCAGCCAGAAAAUUGGUUCCUGGCUGAAACCCUAA